AUGUCAUCACCGGCUGCUGAGAAAGGCUAUCAGUUGCAACGAGAUAAAGAGGAAAUAAAAGGCAGUGAUCCGUUGCAGCCAGAUUUUGUGGUGGAGAAGGCCGACGACGACUACACUCACAACGAUGAAGACGAAAACACCAAUGCAGACGCCAAUGCACACGCCAACCCAGACGCAGCUCCACCUUCCUUUGAGCCAUUUAUUAAUGCUCUCCUAGAGCCAGCUUCACAAAUCCUGACUGAGCUUCACGAGCGAAUUGGAAACGAUGCCAACUGCACACCCCAGGAUCUCCACGAAGCACGCUUGCAUAUUGAAGCACUCACACAGAAACUUGUAGAUGAGGCCCGUUCUGCUGCCAAGGACGUCGUCGGGAGGCGGCAGCGCGACGCGGCAGACUUAGCCAAAGAAUGCGAUGGCCUUAUAUCUGAAGUUGAUGAGUUGCGUCUUGCACUGGGUGAGGAGGGCAAGCGCACUACAAAAUUCAGAUUAAGUGGUGGUACAGAAUCUUUACUCGCCAGGCGCGACAGAGUGAAGAGAGAAUACGACGGAUAUAUAGCUACAUACGAACAGCGCAGCCACAAGCUUAACAACCUCACUAAUCGCUUGAAGAAGCUGCAGGAUAUUCUCGGUGAUACUCUCGUUACUCUACCUCCAGACAGCGGCAAGUACAAUGAUGUGACUUUGUUCAGUCUCCGGAGUAUAGAAAUGAAUUUAACACGUGCAGAAACUGAACUCAAUCGUCGGCGAGAAGUGCUUAAAGGUACACUCGUCGAACUGACGAAUAGUCUCAUUGAAAUAGUCGAGCCGCUCCCCCAACCCACCCAAAGUGAGGACAUGUCGAUAUGCAAAUUUCAAGACACGUUCUAUCCCCAAAUACCAAAGCUGCUGGAGCUGGAGGACGAGAACAUACUCGACACCGUCCUUGAACUGCUCACACCCACUGAUGCGCUUCUCGCACAUACUGAAACACUUAUGGAAGAGUACGAGCAGGAGAAGCUGCGACGCGAGAAUGAAAUCCAAGUACUCUAUGACGAACUCAGUCCACUCUGGGACAAGCUCGACAUCAGCGAGGAUGAUAGAGAAGCGUUCAUCAAUGCGAAUAUGGGAAGCACACUCAGUGUCAUUGAAGCAUACCACGACGAGCUCAACAGAAUGCUCGAAUUGAAGAGGGAGAAUAUGGCACUCUUUGUGCAGCGAAUUAGAAUUGACAUUGAGAAGUUAUGGGAUUUUAUUCAAAUUGGAACAAAUGAGAGAGCACACUUUACAGCUUUCACGGAUGACUCAUUCAACGACGAAUGUCUAGCCCAACAUGAGGAGAUGCUGUCAACACUGCAAGAGGAGAAGAAUACAAAAGGACGGAUACUUACUAAAGUGCAUCUUUACCAUCAAGUGGUAUCUGAGGAGAAGCAGUUGGAGGAAAGCGCGAGUGACGUUUCUCGUCUGUUAGGCAGAGGACCGCGCGACCCCGGGCGCCUGAUCCGCGAAGAGAAAAUGCGCAAGCGCGUGGCGAAGAAGCCAGUGAUAGAAAGUGAUCUCCUCGAAAUGCUGGAUGGGUGGGAGAGCGAGAAUGGAAGGCUGUUUCUCAUCAACGACGAACACUUUGCACAAACACUGCGCGACCGUGUCGAGAGUGUGGCGCAGGAGAAGGAGAAUAGACGUCGGGGUGGUAAACCGACAGUAGGAGCAGGAACAGGAGCAGGACCAACUACAGGCGUGGUUCGCAAGGCAUCCAAUAGCUCACUGAAUGCAUCAACUGCAUCCGCAGGGUCAAAUGCACCAAACGGCAACGGAAAACGCAGGGUAGUGACGAAUGAGAGCACGACACCUGCACCAUCAGCUAAGCGGAUGCGCGUCAACUCCAACGAAAGCAACAAAGGAGUGGUUAAUAGCAUAACUAAGAGCACGCACUCGCAUAAUUCAGCCAUCAAGCCCAAGACCAAGGUGGUACAUAAGGCAGCACCGCCACGGUAUCCAUAUGCGUUAUCAUCGGUGGCAGAGUCGCCAGCUGCCGGACAGGAUAUAUUUGGGAAACCGGAACCACGGCCCAAGAUGAAAAUGGGAAGCAGCGCGAUGAAGAAUGCAGCGAAUGCAGCUAAAAAGAAAGCAAGAAGAAGCUCAUUUAAACCUGAGCAGCGCGUGGCUAGCGUGUCGAGUGCGAUUGACCACCAGUAUGCGGAAUUGGAGGCAAUCGCCGCGGGAGAAGAGGAAGACUGGUAA